CAUCAUGGAGAUCACAGCUCUCUGCAUCAGACUGUUGAUGACUCUUGUAAUCCUGCUGUGCACACAUGAUCAGAAAGUUAAUGCAGUGUCCUUUCGAAUCAGUCCAAACAGAUUGCAGUUCUUUGAAUAUGAAAAAGUAACAUUUUACUGUGAGGGGGUUGUUUAUUGUCAAGUUGUGCAUGAAGUCAAAGGGAAAAUAAAAUCAUGUAACCGCACUAACAAGAGAACACCAACAGGAUCAUCCUGCACCAUUUCAAAUGUUUAUCUAGAGGACAGUGGAGAGUACUGGUAUGAGACUGAAGGAGGAACGAGAAGCAACAUUAUCAACAUCACUGUCACUGCUGGUUCUGUGAUUCUGGAGAGUCCUGCCAUUCCUGUAAUAGAGGAAGGAAAUGUGACUCUAUGCUGCAGAAACAAGGUGGCUUCUUCCAACUUCAUGGCUGAGUUCUAUAAAUAUGGCCGUCACAUCCAUAGCAGCUCCACUGGAAACAUGACCAUCCACAGAGUUUCCAAGUCUGAUGAAGGACUUUACAAGUGCAGCAUUUCAGGAGGUGGAGAAUCACCAGAGAGCUGGCUCAGUGUCAGAGCAAGUAAUCCAGACAGCUACAAAGAUACAACACUUGUCUCCUCUGGUGCCACACCUUGGAUCAUUGCUAUUACUGUAUUCAGUGCGUUGUUGGUGUUGGCAGGACUGUAUCACUUUGGCAAAUGUUGCUGGGACAGAGCUGAAUUUGGAUUAUCCUCUAGAGUCAUUCCAAAUAGCUUUGGCCUCAGUGAAACUCAAACUCAAGGUAUAAACCAACUUAUAGCAGACGAUCCCUUCUAUUCUACAAUACAGCAGAUAUGAUCAACCAUUAUGUUUUCCACGGCCAAAGAAAAUGACUUCUACUUCUGCCACAUGAGGGCCAGUCUGUUCUAAGGAGGUAUAUAUGAAGAGCCCUCCUACAUGUUCCCCUUUGAGACCUUGAAUACCAGCCUGAGGGUUUAGCUGAAUAAACCUCUUAAUCCAAGGACUGCUCUGGGAAACUGGCACUGUACCAGGCUCCAUUAAAGU